UUGGGCCGGUUCGUGAUGUUACGCGAAGCUUUAAGGAUCGGCAGCAGGCGCUGCUAUAGCUACAAGUCUGUGAGGCGUCCAAAUCUGGGUGCCAGCAGUGCUCCUAAGGUGGAGCCGGCAAAGGAGCAACCAGGAUCAUCGCCUGCAGUUGAGAACGGACAUGGCAGCCUCGCCAAACAGUUGCGGGCCAAGAUUCUAGCCACUGGACCCAUUCCGGUGGCGGAAUACAUGCGUGAGGUGCUGACCAAUCCCCAAGCGGGUUACUACAUGAACCGGGAUGUGUUCGGGCGCGAGGGAGACUUCAUAACCUCGCCGGAAAUAUCGCAGAUCUUCGGAGAGCUCGUCGGGAUCUGGUUGGUCAGCGAGUGGCGCAAGAUGGGCAGUCCAUCACCCUUUCAAGUGGUGGAACUGGGACCCGGUCGUGGCACUCUGGCCCGGGAUGUGCUGAAGGUGAUCACCAAAUUCAAGGCGGGAGCCGAGUUUUCCAUGCACAUGGUGGAGGUUAGUCCGUUUCUGAGCAAGUCGCAGGCACAGCGAUUCUGCUACACCCACAACACCGUACCGGAGGACUCGCAGCUGCCCCAUUACCAAGUGGGCACCACUGCCACUGGCACGAAGGCCUUUUGGCACCGCCGACUUGAGGAUGUGCCUCAGGGGUUCUCCCUAGUGCUGGCUCACGAAUUCUUUGACGCAUUGCCCGUGCACAAGCUGCAACAGGUCGAUGGAAAGUGGCAGGAGGUGCUCAUCGAUGUGGCUUCUGAGGGGGAGCAAUUGGACUUCCGAUAUGUGCUCUCACGCAGCCAAACUCCGGUCUCGAGUGUUUUCCGUCCCAUGCCUGGCGAGACACGCGCCUGUCUGGAAUACUCGCUGGAAACGGAGCGACAGGUGGGCAUCCUGGCAGAACGCAUUGAACGGGAUGGAGGCAUUGCUCUCAUCAUGGACUAUGGACAUUUUGGAGAGAAAACAGACACCUUCCGGGCCUUCAAGCAACACCAGCUGCACAAUCCCUUGCUGGAGCCGGGCAGCGCUGAUCUCACGGCCGAUGUGGACUUUAAGUUGGUGCGGCACACCGCUGAGACCCGCAGUAAUGUCCACUGCUGCGGGCCCGUGGAACAGGGACUGUUCCUGCAACGAAUGCAGGGAGAAGCUCGGUUGGAGCAGCUGCUGGCACACGCACUGCCCGAGAACCAGGACAUCAUUCGCUCUGGCUACCAGAUGCUAACGGAUCAGGACCAAAUGGGCAGCCGCUUCAAGUUCCUAGCCAUGUUUCCCGGCGUGCUAGCUUCCCACCUUGACAAAUAUCCCGUCGUCGGGUUUAGUUAGUUUGUAAAUUAUGAUCUGAUUUUAAGGAUUUAAAUAUGUUGCACAUGAUUUGUUAAACAAAA